ACCAAAAUGUAUAAUGUAAACUGAAGAGUCGCAAUAAUAAGAAAUGUAAUGUAAUCAAAAAAUGGGGCAACUUAGUCAUCGCUUUGUGGUCUUCGACCUGAAAGUCAUCUCUUAAAUCAAAUUGAAAUCAAAAAUCAAUCUUCCCCGUCGUGACCCCCAUUCACUUUUUUCUGCUCCCCUCUAAAAUUUUCUCUCUCCCUUUCAUUUCGAUCUUGCAGCUGAUAUUCUAUCUGGGCUUCAAUCAGAAUACCAUUUUGAAAGAAAAAAUGACCGCCGUGUUAAUGGUGGUAGACUGCUGAAUUAACUGCAUCCAGAAAUUACAGGGAAGACAUUAUGUGGGAAAGUAAAUUUAGGCAUAGUCAAUAGUGGUUAUGCGAGCAAAACCCUUUGCUUGCAUGGUCGAGGCAAGGGUUGGAGCCUCGGAAUUGUAUAGUCAAAAUUCAGUAAAAUUUGGACUUUAAAACUGUGUAAGAAAUGGCCCGAGGCAGAAUAAGGGCAAGAAUAAGGAGAAGCCAUCUCUACACGUUUGCUUGCUACCGCCCUUCUCCUACAGAAGAGGACAGGCGUCAUGACUUUAAUGGGCCUGGCUACUCACGAAUGGUUUACUGCAAUCAGCCUCACAUGCAUACGCAAAAGCCGCUUAAAUACUGCACGAACUACAUUUCCACCACAAAGUACAACGUAGUUUCUUUUCUACCAAAAGCCAUUUUCGAACAAUUCAGACGUGUAGCCAACUUGUACUUUCUUCUGGCAGCUGUUUUAUCUCUAACUCCCAUAUCGCCAUUCUCUGCUGUGAGUAUGAUUGCGCCUCUGGCUUUCGUGGUCGGUUUGAGUAUGGCUAAAGAAGCUCUUGAAGACUGGCGUAGAUUUAUACAGGACAUGAAAGUCAAUUUGCGAAAAUGUAAUGUACAUAAAAGAGAAGGUAUUUUCGGACUUAAACCCUGGAUGAAGCUGAGGGUUGGGGAUAUAGUGAAAGUCGAGAAGGAUAAGUUCUUCCCUGCCGAUUUACUCCUUCUCUCCUCGAGUUACGAGGACGGUAUUUGUUAUGUCGAGACGAUGAAUUUGGAUGGGGAGACUAAUUUGAAGGUCAAACGUUCUUUAGAGAUAACUCUACCAUUAGAUGAUGAUCAAGCUUUCAAGGAUUUUACAGCCUCCAUCAGAUGUGAGGAUCCGAAUCCAAACCUCUACACUUUUGUCGGCAAUUUCGAAUAUGAUCGACAGGUUUAUCCACUCGAUCCAAGUCAAAUCCUUCUCCGCGACUCGAAGCUUAGAAACACUGCUUAUGUUUAUGGGGUGGUGAUAUUCACCGGCCAUGACAGCAAAGUCAUGCAGAACUCCACGAAAUCUCCUUCGAAAAGGAGCAGGAUCGAAAAGCAAAUGGACAAGAUAAUAUACAUCCUUUUCAGUCUAUUGGUGUUCAUCUCGUUCAUAAGCUCGGUGGGUUUUAUUGCCAAGACGAAAAUCGAUUUGCCAAAUUGGUGGUAUUUACAAGUUCCAGAUGAAGAGAGUUUGUAUGAUCCAACUAAACCCCUCACAUCCGGAUUUUAUCACUUAAUCACAGCUCUCAUACUUUAUGGAUACUUAAUACCUAUAUCCCUUUACGUAUCGAUCGAGGUCGUAAAAGUCUUGCAAGCCUUGUUUAUAAACAAGGAUAUCCAUAUGUACGAUGAGGAGACUGGAACUCCUGCUCAGGCUCGAACCUCAAACUUAAAUGAGGAGUUAGGACAAGUGGACACAAUCCUUUCAGAUAAAACGGGCACUUUGACUUGCAAUCAGAUGGAUUUUCUCAAGUGCUCCAUUGCAGGGACUGGCUAUGGCAUGCGUGCUAGCGAUGUGGAACUUGCAGCUGCUAAACAGAUGGCUAUGGACAUUGAUGGCCAGAGCCAGGUCAGCACGCCUCAUGCGUGGAGAAAAAGUGGGUUUGGAGAAAAUGAAAUCGAGCUUGAGGCCGUUAUUUCCUCGGAAGGGCGUAAAUCUGUAAAGGGGUUCAGUUUUGAGGAUAGCAGGCUAAUGAACGGGAAUUGGUUUAGAGAACCGAAUCCGGAAAUGAUUUUGUUGUUUUUUAGGAUAUUGGCCGUUUGUCACACAGCAAUUCCGGAGGAAAAUGAGGAGACUGGUGUUUUAACGUACGAAGCUGAGUCUCCGGAUGAAGGCGCGUUUCUUGUUGCCGCUCGAGAGUUUGGUUUCGAGUUCUGUAGAAGAACUCAGUCGAGUAUAUUUGUACGUGAGAGGUAUCCAUCGUAUCAGGAGCCUGUCGAGAGGGAGUUCAAAGUUCUUAAUUUGUUGGAUUUCACUAGCAAAAGGAAGAGGAUGUCGGUUAUUGUUCGGGACGAGACUGGUCAGAUCCUUCUUUUUUGCAAGGGAGCUGACAGUAUCAUAUUUGAUAGGCUAGCCAGGAAUGGGAGAAUAUAUGAGGAGGCAACCACAAAGCACUUGAAUGAAUACGGUGAGGCAGGUUUGAGGACUUUAGCACUUGCUUAUAAGAAGCUAGAUGAGGAGAAGUAUGCUGCUUGGAAUGAAGAAUUCACUCGAGCAAGGACCUCGAUCAAUGGGGAUCGAGAAGCAAUGCUCGAACGAAUUUCAGAUGCGAUGGAAAGGGACUUGAUACUCGUUGGCGCCACUGCAGUGGAGGACAAAUUACAAAAUGGGGUGCCGCAGUGCAUAGACAAGCUGGCACAAGCUGGUCUAAAGAUCUGGGUUUUGACAGGUGAUAAGAUGGAAACUGCAAUAAACAUUGGAUUUGCUUGUAGUUUACUUCGACAGGGCAUGAAGCAGAUAUGUAUAACAACAAUGAAUACAGAUGCAUUAGUUGUCCAGGAUCCCAAGCAGGCUGUGAAGGAGAAUAUAUUGAUGCAAAUCACGAACGCAACUCAAAUGGUGAAGCUAGAAAAGGAUCCGCUUGCUGCAUUUGCUUUGAUCAUUGAUGGGAAAACUCUAACUUAUGCCUUAGAGGAAGACAUGAAGCAUCAAUUUUUGAAUUUGGCAAUUGAUUGCGCUUCUGUCAUAUGCUGCCGUGUCUCACCCAAGCAGAAAGCUCUGGUAACAAGAUUAGUGAAAGAAGGAACUAAGAAAACCACGUUAGCAAUUGGUGAUGGUGCAAAUGAUGUAGGGAUGAUCCAAGAAGCAGAUAUUGGUGUUGGCAUUAGCGGGUGUGAAGGCAUGCAGGCUGUGAUGGCUAGUGACUUUGCUAUUGCACAGUUUCGGUUUCUCGAGCGACUUUUGGUCGUGCAUGGCCAUUGGUGUUACAAAAGAAUUGCUCAGAUGAUAUGUUAUUUCUUCUACAAAAACAUCGCAUUCGGCCUUACAAUCUUCUAUUUCGAAGCCUUUGCUGGCUUUUCUGGACAGUCGGUGUAUGUCGAUUGGUAUAUGCUGAUGUUCAAUGUUGUCCUCACUUCAUUGCCCGUCAUUUCACUUGGAGUGUUUGAGCAAGACGUAGAUUCCGAAGUCUGCUUGCAGGUUAGUUGUCUGGAUUUUACUUCCGAGUNGUAA